CAACGUUACAAGAAAUCUCAGAAUGACCGGAGAUUGAAUCCAAACCGUAUGGGAUCAUGCGGAUUGGAAAACAGGGCACAUGACCGUGGCGAACCAGCUGAGGACCUAGAGACGGAGAAGCGGAUAAGUAGAGGUAGCUGGCCUCUGCCGUGACACGUUUGCUCCAUUAAUGAGCAAGGGACGAGCCGUGCCGUACGGGUUGUGAGUCUCCCGAGUGUCCUCCGCCUCUGUACUGCAUAUGUACUGCAUAUGAGCAAGCUGGCAGGACAGAUUUUCAGGUUAGCCGCGUCAGCCCGGUUGGGGUCAUCAGCUUGCUAGUCAGCGCCUACAUCGGGUUUUCCAGCUUGAACUCUCUCCCACAUCCGCCCUGACUACAGAGCAUUGAAGAAAACAAAUCAACCACUUACAAGCACUUUUCUGAGAAGCUGCCGAAGUAUUAAGAUACCUUAGAAGUCAGGACACUAUUGUGCAACUUAAGGGUGUACAGCUAUGAAGACCAUUUUGGAGACUGUAAAAGAGCGAGAUAACUUUCCAUAUCAAGAAAUUGACGAUCGUGGAGAAUCUGUUCUGACAACGAAUGAUCUCUGGCGCUUCUAUCUUCCCAAUGAUCCUCGUCCACAUGGCUACAUUCAACAGUCCACAGUGGAAGCCCUGCCAUGGACUCCGGAUUUUCAUCUCGACGAAAACAGUACACCGAAGCGCGUCCAACUGAUUGCCAAUGAUACCACUACAGCAAAUGAUGCCAUCGCAAGCUUACUCCAAAAUGCUCGGCAACUAAACCACUUCAAAUGUCUCAAAGGCUGGAGAGACGAAGAAUACCGCAUCUUAGGAGCUCGUUCUGAUAUCAAAGUGGAGCGGGCGGGAGCAGGAUUACUUGGUAUCAUCACGACUGGCGUUCAUAUGACGCUCUUCACACGAUUGAAAGGAUCAGGCGAGAUGAAGAUCUGGGUUCCUACUCGUUCUAUGACCACGAAAGCAUACCCUGGGAUGUUUGAUAGUUCUGUUGCAGGAGGUGUACCGAUUGGAGUCGAGCCUUUUGAAUGUCUUGUCAAAGAAGCCGGCGAAGAAGCCAGUCUUUCUGAGGAUCUUACUAGACAGUCAGCUAAGGCAGUUGGUUGCGUCUCGGAAUUUUGUGUGAAAGAUGAUGGUCAGCUAGAACCAUCUAUUAAAUAUGUCUAUGACAUGGAACUUGUGAAGGGCAUGGACCCCAGACCUGGAGAUACUGAGGUUCAAGGGUUUCAGUUGAUGACUGUUGAGGAGGUGAAGAAAAGCGUUCUAGAGGGAAGGUAUAAACCCAUGUCUGGGAUGGUCAUUAUUGACUUCUUGAUCCGUCAUGGGAUUUUGAACCCGGGCAACGAGAAGGACUAUGCGGAGAUAGUUGCGAGAACGCAUCGACUGUUGCCUUUCCCCACAUCACCGAUGUAGGCAAAUGAACGACGAAUUCAUUACUGGGAGACGGUUCUGUCUUCAGCAAUCAAAUUUGAGUCGCUGACGCUUGCUCUUUCAAGUAUUUGAGUUUCGUCCAGUGGAUCCCGCUUAGCAGUAACCACUUUUCCCAGUCCAAUCAGUAAUACUAGCUCGUAUGCACGAUGC